AUGAAGACUUCUUUUGUUACUAUUGCUGUCUCUCUCGUUGGUGCCGCCUUCGCCGCUCCUGCCACUGAGUCCCGAGCCUACCCUUACAACAUCGGGGAACUUUCCCUCAAGCACACCAUUGAGGGAAACACCUGGGAUUUGACAUUCUACCUUACUUCUAGGAGCCUCGCGGGUGAGGCCCUUGAGACCACCACCUGUCACACUGCUUGGACCAACGGCACACUCCCUGUCGGCGCCAAGAGCCCUGAGCCUUGCGCUGACACUGCCUACUCCUUCUUUUUCCCCACUGGUGCUUUCAAUGUCGAGAAGUAUGAAAUCGCCGCUGAGGGCCCUGCUGGAACAGCUGUAACCUCCAUUGAGUCCGGUUACAAGUAUCAGUGUGGCCCCUACACAGGCUCUGUUGGCAAUGUCGAUACCGAGUGCAAGACUAUCAACGGUGGAGAGUUCUACCUCUACCAGUAG